AAGUCAAUAAAUUGUCAAAUUAUUGCUGAAGAGUGAGACUACAAAGAAAAGUAAUAUUAUCAGAAACAAAUAUUAAUCUGACAACGUAGAUUAAACUUUUUUGUACGUACUAGUAAAUCAAUAACUCACCAUGAACGCUAUGUCAAUGGAUAGGGAUGAGCCCUCUUCUUUAUUAUCGUUUUCUACUAAUCAUCCUCUAGAACAAUUUAUUUUACUUGCUAAAGGUGCUAAAGGAUCAGCAUGUGCUGAACUUAUAAAACAAGUGCUAGAAGCACCAGGUGUUCAUGUAUUCGGGGAGCUACUUGAAAUGCCUAAUAUAAUAGAGUUAGAGACAGGACCAUAUGCUACACAUUUUAAAACCCUCAAUCUAUUUGCAUAUGGCACAUAUAAAGAAUAUCUGGAAAAUAAAUCGGAAUAUUUAGAUCUUACACCAGUACAGUGCAAGAAACUACAGCAUUUAACUAUUGCCACAUUAGCAACACAGGAGAAAUGCAUCCCAUAUAGUGUCCUAUUAAAAGAAUUGGAUAUUAAAAAUGUUAGAGACUUAGAAGAUUUGAUUAUAGAAGCUAUUUAUGCAGAUAUAAUUCAUGGUAAGCUCGAUCAAGAAUGCAAGCGUGUAGAAGUUGAUGUAGCACUUGGACGGGACGCUAGGUUAGAAGAUGCAGCAGCCAUUGCGGAUGUUCUUGCUGAUUGGUGCAAUGCCUGUGAGGCAGUACUUAGCUCGGUAGACAGACACAUACAGCGGGCUAACCAUCACAAACAACGUGCGAUAAGACAUCACCAGGCCAUAGAACAGGAGAUUUUGUACAUAAAGAAAACUAUAAAAACCCAAGCUGAAAACGAAGAAUCUGCUUCCGGUGGUGGCAGUGAAACCCACUCUGUGCCGAAAAAGAACUCUGGCAAGGGCAAAACUCCUCGCAACGCUGCAAAGUUUUGGCAGAAAAACACAUAAUUAUUUCCUAAGAAAAUAGUUUAUUUUUGUGAUAUAUAAUAAAAACCUUAAGGUACCUCUUAA